AUGCAGUAUUUGUCAAUAGUUGUGUUGGUAGCUCUCGUCAGCGUGGCCAUGUGUUUACCUUUGGAGUCAGGGGUUCCAGAUGGCGAGCAAAAAGAAGUGCAGAGCCACAGCUUGCAGAGGAGGUUCGUUAACCCAAUGUUUGUGUUUGGUUCCACGGCAGACAGCGGAUUUCGUCGCAUGAGGACCAAGAGAGAAGCUGACGACAUAUGUGAAAAACUGGCGCUUUGCAAACUGCACGCGAGAUCACGAAGCAAUUUCGUCGCUGCUUUUGAAUUGUACUUUGUCAAGUAA